CGAGCGGGUCUGAACGGAAAGCCCGGAGAUUCACACACCGACCGGCAGCGUGUCAGCUACGAACAUGUCCCCCCCAUGCAUGACGGCACACAAUUUCAUUCCUUGAGACGCAGCAUCUUCACCCGCGACCAUCGCUUUUCACACACAGACCUCCCGGUGAUAAUGAGGAAAUAAAAACGUCUCCAGACACGCCCACCUCCGACGGAUUCCGAAACCAAAAGUCAUCGUUGCAAGUUUUGCCACGACCAAAGUGGGACUUUUUCCGCCUGCCCCCCGACCACGCCCAAGAGGACAUUCCACCCCCGGCCCCCGUUUGCUUUAUCAAAUGCCCAAAAACAGCAAGGCCGUCAAGAGAGAGCUUGACGACGAUGUCACCGAGUCGGCCAGAGACCUUCUUUCCAACGAGGACGCCUGCGACGAUUCCUUCAAGAAGAGCUCGCUGAUCGUCGGCGGCCAUGACGGCGAGGGCAAGGACUGCGACGUGGAGGAGGGCGGCUCGGACGGCGAGGAGGAGGAGCGCCCGGCCUGGAACAGCAAGCUCCAGUACAUCCUGGCCCAGGUGGGCUUCUCUGUAGGCCUCGGCAACGUCUGGAGGUUCCCCUACCUGUGCCAGAAGAACGGGGGAGGGGCGUACCUGGUGCCCUACUUCAUCCUGCUGGUGUUGAUCGGCAUCCCGCUCUUCUUUCUGGAACUUGCCGUGGGACAACGCAUCCGGCGGGGGAGCAUCGGCGUGUGGAACUACAUUAGCCCCCGGCUGGGGGGCAUCGGCUUUGCUAGCUGCGUGGUGUGCUUCUUCGUGGCGCUCUACUACAACGUCAUCAUCAGCUGGAGUCUCUUCUACUUCUCGCAGUCCUUCCAGCAGCCCCUGCCAUGGCACGAGUGUCCCCUUGUCAAGAACAAGAGCAGCACAUGUAAGAAAAGAGCGAGUCACGGUCCCAGACCGACGGCCGUCUCGACAUCAACCUGGUCUUUUUGUGCAGACGUGGUGCCCGAGUGCGAGAAAAGCUCGGCCACCACCUACUACUGGUACCGCGAGGCCCUGGACAUCUCCGACAGCAUUUCCGAGAGCGGGGGACUCAACUGGAAGAUGACGCUGUGCCUCCUGGCCGCCUGGUCCAUAGUGUGCCUGGCCAUGAUCAAGGGAAUCCAGUCGUCCGGGAAGGUGAUGUACUUCAGCUCCUUGUUCCCGUACGUGGUGUUGAUUUGCUUCCUGGUCCGCUCGCUGCUCCUGGAGGGCUCCAUGGACGGCAUCCGCCACAUGUUCACGCCAAAGCUGGAGAUCAUGCUGGAGGCCAAAGUGUGGCGCGAGGCGGCCACGCAGGUCUUCUUCGCGCUGGGCCUGGGCUUCGGCGGCGUCAUCGCCUUCUCCAGCUACAACAAGCGCGACAACAACUGCCACUUCGACGCCGUGCUGGUCUCCUUCAUCAACUUCUUCACCUCCGUGCUGGCCACCCUGGUGGUCUUCGCCGUGCUGGGCUUCAAGGCCAACAUCAUGAUCCGGAAAUGUGUGGCGCUGAACAGCAGAAAGAUGGCGGACCUGCUGGGAAACGGCUUGGAGGAAAGUCUGAUCCCCGGCCACAUCAACCUCAGUCACAUCAGCGGCGUCAGCACCGCCGACUACCAGAUGAUGAUAAACAUCAUCAGGAACGUCAACCAGGACCACUUCCCCAAACUGGGACUGGACUCCUGCAGCAUCGAGGGCGAGCUCAACAAGACGGUCCAGGGUACAGGUCUGGCCUUCAUCGCCUUCACGGAGGCCAUGACCCACUUCCCCGCCUCGCCCUUCUGGUCGGUCAUGUUCUUCCUCAUGCUGGUCAACCUGGGCCUGGGCAGCAUGUUCGGCACCAUCGAGGGCAUCCUCACGCCGCUGGUGGACACCUUCAAAGUGCGCAAGGAGCUCCUGACAGUGGGAUGCUGCGUGCUGGCCUUCUCCAUCGGCCUGAUGUUCGUGCAGCGCUCGGGGAACUACUUUGUCACCAUGUUUGACGACUACUCGGCCACGCUGCCGCUGCUCAUCGUGGUCAUCCUGGAGAACCUGGCCAUCGCCUGGUUCUACGGCAUCGACAAGUUCUUCGAGGACCUGAAGGACAUGUUGGGCUUCACGCCGUACCGCUUCUACUACUACAUGUGGAAGUUCAUCACACCCAUCCUGCUGCUGGUGCUGCUGUGCUCCAGCCUGGUGCAGCUGGUCAAGGCGCCGCCCGUCUACAACGCCUGGAUCCAGGAAGCGGCAAAGGAGCAGGAGGUGCGCUUCCCCACGUGGGCCGUGGCGGUGUGCGUCUCCCUGGUGGUGGUGGCCGUCUUGCCCGUGCCCGUGGUCUUCUUCCUGCGCUUCUUCAACCUCCUCGACGACGGCGCCGGCGGCAUCUCGGCCGUGUCCUACAAGAAGGGGCGCAUCAUCAAGGAGGAGUCGUGCCCGGGCGAGGACGACGACGCCAGCCUGCUGCGGGCCAAGACGCCCGGCGAGGCGCCGUCGCCGCUGCCCGCCAACAGCAUCUACCGCAAGCACGGCGCCGCGACGGGAGGCGACGGCCCCCAGGCGGACGCCGCGCCCAACGGUCGUUACGGAAUCGGCUACCUGAUGGCCGACGUGGCGGACAUGCCCGAGUCGGACUUGUAGGCCCGACGCCCUCGCUUCUAGUCGUCUUGUGUGCGCUCAUCCAUGUUACUGCUCCUAGCGCACAGUCCUGUAGAUAGACUAGCUCCGCCUCCUUUAUCCUCUUCCUGCUUCGUCUUUGUCUCGGAACCUCGCCAUCUUUAGUCCCAGGAACACACCUGCACGCCAAACACACUCCUUUCUUUUGUGGCCUGCUUUCGUCUUUGUGUCAUGGACUAACUUCACCACCAGGUGGAGCUACUCCGCUCUUACUAGAGAUGCGCGGAUAGGCGAUUAUUUCAUCCGCAACCGCAUCAGAAAGUCGUCAACCAUCCGCAAUCCGCCCGAUCUAACAUUUGAUCAGAACCGCAUCCGCCCGCACCCGCCCGUUGUUAUAUAUCUAAUAUAGACGAUGCAAGGCAUUAGUGAGGUUAUAAAGCUUUUGCCUGUUAAAGAAAGGAGACUGAUCCAAUGCAGCACAGACAUUCGUGUGCCACGCUGUCACGACCCAGACGCACACCAGUGCGCAAUCAUAUGGGAGCCGCGCUGAGCGCACCUCCAAGCGCGUCUCGCUGCCGGCGACGGCCGGGUAUAUGGGCCCGACGCUCCAGCGCCAUCCAUUUUCAGGGCUAGUUGAUUCGGCAGGUGGGUUGUUACACACUCCUUAGCGGGUUCCAACUUCCAUGGCCACCGUCCUAGCUGCUGUCUAUAUCAACCAGGGUGAGCCCCACCCCUUUCGUGAGCGCACUGCGCGCGGAGUGACCCCUGUUACGCGCCCCCGGCAACAGGGGUGGCGGGCAGGUAAGCUGCGCGGGCGGAGCGCGCGGAGUGACCCCUGUUACGAGCCCCCGGCCACGGGGGUGGCGGGCAGGUAAGCUGCUUACCUGCUGCGUGUGACGCCGGCCGCGGCGAAGGCGGACGAGGCGGGGUGUCGGUGCGGUGGGCGCGGUGGUGACCCUGGACGUGCGUCGGGCCCUUCUCGCGGAUCGCCUCAGCUACGGCUCCCGGUGGGGCCCUAUCGGGGGAAGGGGCCUCGGUCCCGGGCCCCGGCGAGGCGUCGGGGGCCUUCUCCGCUCCGUAAAAGUGUCUAUCUCUUUUUUUUUUUUUCUUCUGUUGUGGCAUAUGCAGCAGGUGCCUGCUCGUUUUUCGUAUGCGGGUAACAUUUAACUAUGUAUAUAUAUUUCCGAAUUGGUUUAACUGCCACCCGCCUGAAUCUAUUUAAAAUCUAAUUUUUUUUUAUUUCAACCGCCCGACCCGACCCGACCCGACCCGCGGAUAAAAUCUAAUUUUUUUAAGUUUCAUCCGCCCGAUCCGCGGAUAAUCCGCGGACUCCGCGGUUGUGCCCGCAAACCGCGCAUCUCUAGCUCUUACACUUGCACUCAUUUGAGUGCAGUGACGUCACCAAGCCAGACACAUCACCAACGCCUGCUAGCUGCCUCCUGGUGGUCAAGGUGCAGGUGCGCCCCGAGCCAGUGCAGACGUACCCAGUGACAUCAUCAGAGCCAGUGCAGACGUACCCAGUGACGACAUCAGAGCCUGCGCAUCUGUGCAAGGUUAUGUCACCCGAGCCGGCGCGGGUGUGCCCAGUGACGUCGCCCGAGCCAACGUGGGUGUGCCCAUGACAUCACCCGAGCCGGCGCGGGUGUGCCCGGUGACAUUGCUCGAGCUGGUGAUGACGUGCCCGAUGACGUCGCCACAGCCUGUGCAUGUGUGCAAAGUUAUGUCACCCGAGCCGGCGCGGGUGUGCCCAGUGGCAUGACCCGAGCGGGUGUGCCCGGUGACGUUGCGCGAGCUAAUGAUGGAGUGCCCGGUGACAUCGCCUGAGCCGGCGCGGGUGUGCACAGUGACGUAACCCGAGCCGGCGCGGGUGUGCCCAGUGACAUGACCUGAGCUGGCGCGGGUGUUCACAGUGACAUCACCCGAGCCGGCGCAGGUGUGCACAGUGACAUCACCCGAGACGGCGCGGGUGUGCCCAGUGACGUCACCCGAGCCGGCGCGGGUGUGCCCAGUGACAUGACCUGAGCUGGUGCGGUAGUGUGCCCAGUGACGUGACCCGAGCGGGUGUGGGUAUGCCCGGUGACGUUGCGCGAGCUAAUGAUGGAGUGCCCGGUGACAUCGCCUGAGCCGGCGCGGGUGUGCACAGUGGCGUCACCCGAGCCGGCACGGGUGUGCCCAGUUAUUUCACCCGAGUGCGGUUGUGCACAAUGACAUCACCCGAGCUGGCGCAGGUGUGCACAAUGACGUUACCCGAGCCGGCACAAGUGUGCCCAGUGACGUGACCCGAGAGGGUGUGGGUGUGCCCGGUGACGGUGCGCGAGCUAAUGAUGGAGUGCCCGGUGACAUCGCCUGAGCCGGCGCGGGUGUGCACUGUGACGUCGCCCGAGCCGGCACGGGUGUGCCCAGUUAUUUCACCCGAGCUGGCGCGCGUGUGCACAAUGACGUCACCCGAGCUGGCGCGGGUGUGCACAAUGACGUCACCCGAGACGGCACGAGUGUGCCCAGUGACGUGACCCGAGAGGGUGUGGGUGUGCCCGGUGACGGUGCGCUAGGUAAUGAUGGAGUGCCCGGUGACAUCGCCUGAGCCGGCGCGGGUGUGCACUGUGACGUCGCCCGAGCCGGCACGGGUGUGCCCAGUUGUUUCACCCGAGCUGGCGCGCGUGUGCACAAUGACGUCACCCGAGCUGGCGCGGGUGUGCACAAUGACGUCACCCGAGACGGCACGAGUGUGCCCAGUGACGUGACCCGAGAGGGUGUGGGUGUGCCCGGUGACGUUGCGCGAGGUAAUGAUGGAGUGCCCGGUGACAUCGCCUGAGCCGGCGCGAAUGUGCACAGUGGCGUCGCCCGAGCCGGCACGGGUGUGCCCAGUUAUUUGACCCGAGCUGGCGCGGGUGUGCACAAUGACGUCACCCGAGCUGGCGCGGGUGUGCACAAUGACGUCACCCGAGACGGCACGGGUGUGCCCAGUGACGUGACCCGAGAGGGUGAGGGUGUGCCCUGUGACGUGACCCGAGAGGGUGUGGGUGUGCCCUGUGACGUUGCGUAAGCUAAUAAUGGAGUGCCCGGUGACAUCGCCUGACCCGGAGCGGGUGUGCACAUUGACGUCGCCCAAGCUGGCACGGGUGUACCCAGUUAUUUCACCCGAGCCGGCGCGGGUGUGCACAAUGACGUCACCCGAGAGGGUGUGGGUGUGCCCGGUGACGUUGCGUGAGCUAAUGAUGGAGUGCCCGUUGACAUCGCCUGAGCCGGCGCGGGUGUACACAAUGACGUCACCCGAGCCGGCACAGGUGUGCACAGUGACGUCACCCGAGUGGAUGUGGGUGUGCCCGGUGACGUCGCUCGAGCUGCUGAUAAAGUGCCUGGUGACGUCACCAGAACUGGCGCAGGUGUUCCCAGUGACCUCACCAGAGCGGGUGUGGGUGUGCCCGGCGACGUCGCUCGAGCUGGUGAUGGAGUGCCCGGUGACGUCGCCAGAGCCGGCGCGGGUGUGCCCGGUGACCUCUUUGGAGCUUGUGCAGACGUGACCGGUGACAUCACCAGAACGGGUGCGGGUGUGUCCAGUGUCGUCGCCCGAGCCUGUACAGACGUGCCCAGUGACAUCGCCCCAGCCGGGUGUGCGAGGUGUUUAGUGUCUUCUGAAAGAAGGAAGUGAAGUUCCAAGACAAAGGUGUGCCUCCAUCAUGUUUAUAGAAUACAUUCUGUUGUAUAGCUAAGUAUUCUGUAAAUAUUAUAAAUAUUUCACUUGAUACAACCUCAUGUUUUUAAAGGUUUACGAGCACUUCAUCAUUAAUAACUUUGUCAUCUUUUUUUUUUUUUUUUUUACUUCAGUGUUUUUUUUUUGUGAGUCCUUUUUGUAAAUACUCUGUCCUUGGUUUUUCCCAUCAAAUGGCUUCAAAAUGCAGUUUUUUCCUACUCGCUCCAAAUUAAACAUGAAAUAAUGUCCAA